UAUAUAUAUUGCAACCCCCAACACCACAGAGUUCAGACUCAAACCAAAACAAGCAAUUCGAAUUCAAUCCUUGCUCACUCCUCUCCUCUGAUCACCGGCGGCUUGUUUAGCACCUCUCACAUCCAAUGGAGCACGGAGGAAAGCCCAUGAAAAUGAAAGUCAAGUUUGUCGACGAUCAAGUCCCGAAGGCCUCAGACUCAGAUCCUCUCUACAUCACCAACGCUGGGUUUUUCACCCUCUUCUUCUCCGUUGUCUACUUCUUGCUCGCUAGCUGGCGCGAGAAGAUCCGUACCAAUACUCCCUUUCACGUGAUUGAUCUCUCUGAGAUUGUUGCCAUCCUUGCUCUUGUAGCCUCCUUCAUCUAUCUCCUCGGCUUCUUCGGCAUCGAUUUUGUUCGGUCCCUCUUUCUCCAGCCCAGUAAUGACAUCUGGGCCGCCGACGAUGACGAAGAUGAGAUUAUUCUCAAGAAGGAUGCUCGUAAAUUUCCUUGUGGCCAGGCCCCUGAUCGCUCUAUUCCAAAAAUGGCUCCGAUUGCUUCACCUAAAGUUGCCCAGAAAGUGUUGGAUGAAAAGCCAGCGAUCAAGACCCCACCACCAACCGAAGAAGACGAAGAGAUUAUCAAGGCUGUGGUGGCUGGAACCAUUCCUUCAUACUCACUCGAAUCAAAGCUCGGUGAUUGCAAGAAGGCAGCUUCUAUUAGACGUGAGGCUUUGCAGAGAGUAACGGGCAAGUCUCUUGAGGGUUUGCCAUUGGAGGGCUUCGAUUACGAAUCCAUUUUGGGUCAAUGCUGUGAAAUGCCAGUUGGGUAUAUCACCAUUCCUGUUGGGAUUGCUGGGCCUCUUAUACUUGAUGGAAAAGAGUUCUCCGUCCCCAUGGCCACAACUGAAGGUUGCUUGGUGGCUAGUACUAACCGUGGUUGCAAAGCUAUUAACUUGUCCGGUGGAGCUACCAGUGUGCUAUUGAAAGAUGGAAUGACCAGAGCACCUGUUGUGAGAUUCAACUCUGCUAAAAGAGCUGCUGAAUUGAAGCUUUUCAUGGAAAACCCUGCCAAUUACCAAACCAUUUCCAUGGUCUUCAACAAAUCAAGCAGAUUUGGUAGACUUCAAACUGUGAAGUGUGCAGUUGCUGGGAAGAACCUGUACAUGAGAUUCUGCUGCAGCACCGGCGAUGCUAUGGGGAUGAACAUGGUCUCCAAAGGUGUUCAAAAUGUCGUCGACUUCCUUCAGAAUGACUUCCCUGACAUGGAUGUAAUUGGCAUCUCUGGUAACUACUGCUCAGACAAGAAGCCUGCUGCUGUCAACUGGAUCGAAGGCCGUGGCAAAUCUGUGGUGUGUGAGGCUGUGAUCAAGGGAGACAUAGUAAGUAAGGUGUUGAAAACCAACGUGGCGGCCCUGGUGGAGCUUAACAUGCUCAAGAACCUUACUGGUUCUGCCAUGGCUGGUGCUCUUGGUGGGUUCAAUGCUCAUGCCAGUAACAUUGUUUCAGCUGUCUACCUCGCAACUGGCCAAGACCCUGCUCAGAACAUCGAGAGUUCUCACUGCGUCACCAUGAUGGAAGCCAUCAAUGAUGGAAAGGAUCUUCACGUCUCAGUGACCAUGCCUUCUAUUGAGGUCGGCACUGUAGGAGGAGGUACCCAACUUGAAUCGCAGUCCGCUUGUUUGAACUUACUUGGAGUGAAAGGAGCUAACAGAGAAGCACCCGGAUCAAACGCAAGGCAGUUGGCCAGUGUUGUAGCUGGUUCUGUUCUUGCUGGAGAACUAUCUCUCAUGUCUGCCAUUGCAGCUGGACAGCUCGUCAAGAGUCACAUGAAGUACAACCGAUCGAACAAAGAUGUUACAGCUGUUACUUCUGCUUAAGAGAGCUUGAAACCCUUUGACCUCGAGAACUUUUUGUAUACUGAGCCUCCUGUAAAUUUCUUCAGAAAUGUAAUCAUCUAGUGUCUUUUGAGAAAAUUGGCUCAUUAACUAGAGUACUUUUGUUCAA